AUACUAUAAUUUAAAAAUCAAUGGGAAAAAUGAGGUAAUUAGGAAACAAACAAAUUAAUAAUAAUUUGUGUAUCAAAACCGUUUAGUUUCUAUAAAUUGGUGAGCAAGAGCUCCUUUUGCCUUCAAAAACAUGGCGUUUUCAUUUCAGCUCCAACAAAUCUUCCCUUCCCCUGUUAAAUUUUGUUCCCAACCAAAAUCAAUAAACCUUCAAAUUUUCCCCAAUUUAACAAAAAGACUGCCAAUUCAUCCACUUGCCUCUGCGCAAAACAACGCCACCAGCAACAUUGACCACAAUUAUAUCGCCAUGGACGAGAGUUCAAUCAAUGAAGAAGAAGUGCCGUUGCCUACAGAAUUGAGGAGAGAACUGAUGCCGAAACAUAUCGCGGUGAUAAUGGACGGGAAUAGAAGGUGGGCAAAGAAGAGAGGAUUACCGGUUGCGUUAGGUUACGCAGCCGGUAUUCGAACUCUUAGGAGCUUUGUUAAGCUCAGCUACAAUUGGGGAAUUUCUGCUCUUACUCUAUUUGCUUUUUCCUCUGAAAAUUGGUUCCGUCCUAAAGCGGAAGUUGAUCUUUUGAUGGGCUUAUUCGAUAAAGUACUGAAAGAUGAACUUGAAAAUCUUACCAGAACAGGGAUUCGAUUGUCUAUAAUUGGAGACGCCAGUCAGCUCCCCAAGUCAUUGCAGGACUUAAUAGAUAAAGCAGUAAUGGCUACAAAAGCAAACUCCCGACUUCAUAUCCUUGUUGCAAUUAACUAUAGUGGACAGUAUGAUGUUGUACAAGCUUGUCAAACCAUUGCUCAAAGAGUGAAGGAUGGCAAUAUCGAACCCGAAGACAUUAAUAGUUUCCUAGUAGAACAGGAAUUACAAACAAAAUGCACUGAAUUUCCAAGUCCUGAUUUACUUAUAAGGACUAGCGGAGAGUUAAGACUUAGCAAUUUCUUACUUUGGCAGUUGGCUUAUACUGAACUCUUCUUUUCUCAUUCACAAUGGCCUGAUUUUGGUGAAGCUGAGUUUUUAGAGGCUUUAUGUUCUUUUCAGCAAAGACAGAGGCGCUAUGGCGGACAGAGUUCCUAGCAUCAUGCUAUGUGAAACAAGUCCGGGGUAUGUUAUAGAAUGUAUAUAGACGUUAUCCAUAGUAAUGUAGAUCGUUAUAUUUAGGUAAGGGCGUAUUGUGUUAACGUGCACCCGUGCUCCUUUCUCUAAACCAUAUAUAGAAAUGUAUAUUUACACAAAUUACUUUAGUAUAUGGGUGCAUCCAAGCUCAAACUGUCCUAUAUGGUUCAAAUUCGAGGCAUGUCUUGUUAUUGGGUGCAUCUCUAUAAGUGAAAUUGGCGGUUCAAAUUUCAUCGAAUGUCUUGUUUUUUCUUUCUUUUUCAA